AUGUCGCAACACGUCACGGUCUCGGAAAUGUUCACGGAGCAUGAAGCCGACUUCAAUAGACUUUGCCAAGAGGCAGAUGAGUUCCUGGAGCGUGCCAGGAGUGAAUCUGCAUCAAAGCAUCUUGCUGAUGCUGACCGCCGUAUUUCCAAGGCUGAGCAGUCGGUGAAACAAAUGGAGCUGGAAGCAAGAGCAAUGCCACCAGAAGCUCGAGGGCCUGUACAGUCCAAGGUUCAGCAGUGCAGGCAAGCAUUGACAGAACGCCGCAAAGCGUCUGAAGCGACCGCAAGGAGCGCACUGUUUGAUGAUGCCCUUGGGAAGCCAGCACAUGAACACAUAGAUGACAUGAAUGCGUCAAUGUUGGAGUCAUCCCGGAAGCUGACGGAAGCCAAGCGCGCAGCUUUUGAAUCAGAACAGAUUGGCAUCGAUGUGAUGAGUGACUUGCGCCAGCAGAGAGAAGUUCUUGAAAGAAGCCGCGAUAACAUGGGCAAGGUGGGACAGAACUACAGCUCGGCUGGCCGAACACUUGAUAGCAUGCUCCGGAGAGCGGACCAGAACAAACGCAUGGUCUAUAUGAUCGCGGGGCUGAUGCUGGUGAUGCUUGUUGUGGCCGUCUACUUCAUGCUUCACAGCGGUCCUCAGGUCAGUGAGCAGGUUCUUCGCGAGACCUUUGGGCAAUGCGAUGCAAUCGAGCGUGUUCUCUUCCGGUCUUAUCAGGGGAGGACAGCAGAGUUCUUCGCACAGGUCGACUUCGCCUCUUCCAAGGGCGUCCUGGAGGCGCAUCAGAUGAGUGGCACCAAGGCGCCCAUCCGGCAGCCUGGUUUUGUCGGGACUUUCGGGCACAAGGAUCAGGAAAGCUGCGCCAGAGAACCUGUGUUCUGGCUCUUGCAGAUUUCCGUCAUGGACCCGGGCUCCAAAGACAUGGCCCGGAAACAGAUGCACAUGUGGCCCAGCCUGCCAGAUGUGGAAUGUCCAGCGGCCCUGGGAGACCGUGCAGGGGCGCUGGGACAGCUAAGGCCCGAGGACCAGGAGGAAGAAGCCGCAAACACGACUGUGUGGCUUGCAGCCAAUUUUUACAUCCAUUUCGGCUGGGAGAUCAGUUUGCUGAACUUCUUCGACUACGCAGAGUGGAAGGGAGGGUUCAAGUCCUGGAACCCAUUCUGCCAAGCUUUCUUCAGCUACGGGGACUACGACCGUCGUUACAAGCUGAAGCCGCCGGCCGAUUACCAAGGCACCAAGGCCAGCAUUGACAAGGUAGUCUUGGCGGUGGAGGUGCCUGCGGGAAUCAUUGACGGUGCGCUGUGCUGCUUCUGGCUGAAGGGCAUCCUGGAAAAUGCGUGGUAUAGAUACCCAGUGCAGCUUGUCGUCAGCGCGCUCCACGCUUUCGGGACUGUUGUCUUCUGGUCUGAUGAGCUGGUGCCUGGAUGGAUGAACUGGAUGAGAGGCAAAGGUUGGAAGUGGACCCACACGGAUGGGCCUAAGUCUAUCCACUGGUGGUGGGCAUUCAUCGGCACAAAUUUGGUUUGGGUGGUGGUCCCGAUGAUGUAUGCCAAAAGCGCUAUCGACGUCAUCAAGCCUGCGAUGCAAGCUGCGCUCAAGAAUUGA